UGUGCCUACGCAAACUGCGUAGAUCGCCCCGUUGGAAACCGGCAACGGGACGCGAAGCGGAGUGCGUUUGUUUCGAGAAUUGCUACUUUGUAUUUAUUUUUUUCAUGAAAAGCAAGAGGCUACUUUGUUGUGGUCGUUUCAUCAAACGUGCUCGAGCUGCGCGACGAACACAGAGACUCGUGUUUACCAUCGAUCGUCCUGAUCCGGGCGGUGUAGCGCAGAAGGUAGGAGGGACCGGGCGGGCGUCGGGGUGGAGACGGGGGGUCUGCACGUGUCGGGAGACCGCGGCUCUUCGCUACAACCAUAAAAGGACCUGAACCAGGCUCCCUGUGCGCACAGCGUGGAUGUUGGCCUGUGCGACACACUGCGUGUACAAACAUCAGGCCAGCUGCGUGAGCAUCGAGUCCAGACAUGGUGAGGCUGGAGCUGGACCAGGUGGUGAUGAGGAGGAUGAAGGAGGACGACAUAGAGACGGUCAAGGCCCUCAUCAAGGAGGGCUGCGAGGGUACAGAAAACCGCCUGAUCCUCCACAUCGUCACGCGUCCGCUCUGCCUCUUCAUCUUGGCCGUUCUCUCGUCGAUCCUACGCUGCUUCGUUCACUCCUUCGUCCUGGCCCUCGCUAUUCCUGUCUUCCUGCUGAUUGUCUUUCUGAAACUCACCAUGCCGCGGUCCACGGGGGUGCUGGGCAGCAGCCGCCCCUCCUGGGACUAUGUGGGCAGCAGCUACCGGGGGACACAGGAUGAGACACUGCAGAAUCCCUAUUGUAGGUUCAGUGGCAAAACACCGCUGACUAAAAAGCCAAGACGCAGAAUUGGAUCCAAGGACAAGGACAAGGACAAGGAGGCGUCAACAGAGAAGGUCACCCCCGAGAGGGAACAGGCAGCAGGACAUGUCUGGGUGGCGGACUGUGACGGGGAGAUCCUGGGCUGCCUCUUCCGGGACAGUGAAACGAGAGCGGGCGUCAGGAGGUUCUGCAGGCUGGUGACAAGCUGCUGGUACCGCAGGGAGGGCCUGGGUCGGCUGCUGGUCCAGAGUCUUGAGCAGAGAGAGGGGGAGACGGGGUCACACAGAGUGUAUGCACACGUCCCCUACCCCUCUAAGUUGGGGGAGGCUUUCUUUAGGAAACUUGGCUAUCAGCAGCGGGGGGAGGGGGCUGAUGAAGACGACGAUGAGGAGGUGAAGCUGGAGUCUCCGGAGAGAGGCUUUCUGGGAUACCCCCUCACCAAGGUGUUUUACAAAGACUUGUGAUUGAGUGGUGAUGGACUCAUGAUUUGAAAAAUGUGGCCCUGAGCCCAAGAAUUGCUAAAGGUAUAGGAGAGAUAACAUAAGCACAAACUGUGGAUCUCUGCUGAAGGUGAUUGUGUCAUCUCUUGAAGUUAAUAUUUAUUUAAUAUUUGUAUUAUUUGUGCCAGAAUGUAUUUACUAUUUAUGUUGCUGUUGAGUUUGUUCGAAGUAAACUUUCAGGUUUUUUUUUAUCAUUCAAAGCGCCAGCUCUACAUUUUCACAAAACAAAUAGUUGUUUAUUCAACAAUUGAAAAAUGAAAUCAUGAUGCCUCAGGUCUGCUUCUCUCUAUCGCCUGUAAUGAAGUAAAAUCUUUACUUAAUAUC